AAGCAAAAGCAAGUUGUAGUUAUCUUGUUCAAGUGUACCUCUCCUCCCCUCUUCUCCCUUCGUCUACAAAUAGCUAUCCUUUGUUUUGUCUUGAUUUCCUUUUCCCUUUGUGGUUUAAUUCCCUGAGGUAGAUCAGGAAUAGAGGUAGAGAUCAGAAGAGCCACUGGAGAAGAGAGAAGAGAAAUACACAGGACAGCUUUGAGAUCUAGGCACAAGCUUCUUUUUUUUUUCCCUUUUCUUUUCUUCUUCUUCACUGUUUUCUUUUUCUUUCUUUUUUUCUCUCUCUUUUUCUCCUUUAACCUCCGCCUUGGCUUCAUUCGGUUAUCAUUCUCAUCCGUGGAGAAGAAGAAGAAGAAGAAGAAGAAGAAGAAGAAGAGGGAGAGAGAGAGAAACAUGAGAUGGUGCAAUCCAAGAUGGAGAAUAUGGAGAGAAGCAGCAACAGUUCGAGCUCUUCGAGUGUGGUUCUGAUGCGAACAGUACUCGCCACUUGCCCUUCCUGUGGAUUCCGCGUCCAGUACGACCCACGGCCGCAGGGUGGCGGUGGAGGAGGAGGAGGAAGGGCGACGGCGGCGGAGGAGUUGGUGGGGCUGCCGGCGGGGGUGAAGUUUGAUCCGACGGAUCAGGAAUUGCUGGAGCACUUGGAGAGCAAAGCGAGAGCGGACGCGAUGAGGCUUCAUCCUCUCAUCGACGAGUUCAUCCCCACGAUUGAAGGGGAGGACGGUAUCUGCUAUACACACCCUCAGAAACUCCCCGGCGUGAGCGAGGACGGUGUGGUACGGCACUUCUUCCACCGGCCUUCGCGUGCGUACACGACGGGGACGCGGAAGAGGAGGAAGGUGGUGGUGCAGAGCACGUCGCCGGAGGCGCAAGGGAGCGAGACGCGGUGGCACAAGACCGGGAAGACGAGGCCGGUGUACGGCGCCGCUGGCGGUAGGCUGAAGGGGUUCAAGAAGAUCCUGGUCCUCUACACCAACUACGGCAAGCAGCGGAAGCCCCAGAAGACGAACUGGAUCAUGCACCAGUACCAUCUAGGCGUCGACGAGGAGGAGAAGGACGGCGAGCUGGUGGUCUCCAAGGUCUUCUACCAGACCCAGCCCAGGCAGUGCACCGCGGCGGUAAUGAAAGAGGCUCAGCAUAAAGCGGUGGUCGAGGACGAUGAGGACGACGGCGGAGUCGAUUACUACGGUCAGCAGCAACAGUCGUCGCAGCUGAUGGCGUACGAUAGCAUUCAAGGCGGCCAGAGCCAAAUGCUUCAUGGCUUCGUGCCCAUGCAUGGUGCUGGUGGCGGGGCUUCCUUUCUCACUUAAGGGCAAAAAAAAAAAAAACAGGGAAAAGACAGAGAGAGAGAGAGAGGGAGAGAGGGUUUACUUAUGGAAUAUUCUUAUAAUUAACUUCAAUAAUGUUCUACGAUAUGUAAAAGAUGCCUUUAUCAGCUAGAUUCACAUGAACUAUGUUCAUCAGCA